AUGAGCACGAGCGAUGGCGUGCCACUGUCGGGUCCCGAUAUUGGUAACGGGGCCCGUCCCACCAGUGACACUGGUUAUCCCGAUGGUCAGCAGACAGGUGGACAGACACAGGAUGGCCUUGCUUCGUCGAAAGCAGCAACAGCUGCCGCACCCACAGCUCCACCCAAGAGACCGGCCAGGAGGGGUGCCAAACCCACUCCUGACAGGCCGGUACGGGCCCUCUUCUGUAUGGGACUUAAAAAUCCACUUAGGAAAAUGUGUAUCGACGUCGUUGAGUGGAAACCUUUUGAGUGGCUCAUUCUCCUGACAAUUUUAGCCAAUUGCGUCGCCCUGGGGGUGUACACACCGUAUCCCUGUGGCGACUCUAAUCAAACAAAUAUGUACUUGGAAAAAAUCGAGUACGUAUUCCUCGUCAUAUUCACCGUGGAAUGCGUGAUGAAAAUAAUCGCAUACGGUUUCGUAGCCCACCAAGGAGCCUACCUCCGAAACGGAUGGAACAUGCUCGAUUUUACAAUUGUUGUAAUAGGAAUGAUCAGUACAAUACUGACAAUACUGAUGAAAGAGGGCUUCGAUGUUAAAGCCCUGAGGGCAUUUCGAGUACUACGACCACUCCGGCUGGUUUCCGGUGUGCCAAGUCUACAAGUAGUACUGAAUUCCAUCCUCAAGGCAAUGGUACCAUUGCUGCACAUUGCAUUACUAGUACUGUUUGUUAUCAUCAUUUACGCCAUUAUAGGAUUAGAAUUAUUCUCGGGAAAAAUGCAUAAAACGUGUAGAAAUAAUAAAACAGGUGAAAUAAUGGAGGAGCCACAUCCCUGUGGUGAGGCUGGUUUCCAAUGCAACACACUAGGAAGUCAAUACGUAUGCAGUAGACAGUAUUGGGAGGGUCCGAACUAUGGAAUAACAAACUUCGAUAACUUUGGACUGGCGAUGCUGACUGUCUUCCAGUGUAUCACACUAGAAGGAUGGACCGACGUGCUGUACGACAUUGAGGACGCAAUGGGCAGCACUUGGCAGUGGAUAUACUUCGUGUCCAUGGUCAUUCUCGGUGCAUUUUUCGUGAUGAAUCUCAUUCUCGGUGUUUUGUCCGGAGAGUUCUCGAAGGAGAGGGACAAGGCGAAGAAGAGGGGUGAGUUUCAACAAUUGAGGGAGAAGCAGCAGAUCGACGAAGAUCUGCGGGGAUAUCUCGACUGGAUAACUCAGGCUGAGGACAUUGAGACAGAGCAUGACGAGCCUAGAAUGCAGAGUAGAAAGUCCAAGCAACAGAAUGAAAUGGAGAGUACAGACAGGCUCGAGGGCGAUGAGGAGGGUGCGCGUCAGGAGUCUGUGUGGGGAAAAAAUCGAAAAACUUGGGCAGAUAUCAACAAGCACAUGCGAAAAGGAUGCCGCAGGGCGGUUAAAUCACAAGUUUUCUACUGGCUGAUUAUUGUUCUUGUGUUUCUCAACACAGCUGUACUGGCCACCGAGCAUUUUCGCCAGCCAGACUGGCUCGACUGGUUUCAAGAGUACACUAAUAUGUUCUUCGUUGCUCUUUUCACCAUGGAGAUGACACUGAAAAUGUACAGUUUGGGGUUUCAGGGGUAUUUUCUAUCGUUAUUCAAUCGUUUUGAUUGCUUCGUUGUCAUUGGUUCAAUCAGUGAAAUGAUACUCACGAAUACGGAGGUCAUGCCACCACUUGGGGUCUCGGUACUUCGGUGUGUCAGGCUUCUCAGGGUCUUCAAGGUCACCAAGUACUGGAGAUCGCUGUCGAAUUUGGUGGCUUCGCUGCUUAAUUCUAUACAGUCUAUCGCCUCGUUGCUGCUGCUGCUCUUUCUUUUCAUCGUGAUUUUUGCGCUGUUGGGGAUGCAGGUCUUCGGGGGGAAAUUCAACUUCGAUGAUCUCCAGGACAAACCACGCAGCAAUUUCGACAGCUUCUGGCAGAGUUUGCUGACAGUGUUUCAGAUACUGACGGGGGAGGACUGGAAUGCCGUCAUGUACGUGGGAAUUCGGGCUUACGGGGGUGUUGCCAGUCAUGGGAUACUUGCCUGUGUUUACUUCAUCAUUCUUUUCAUCUGCGGAAACUACAUCCUUCUGAACGUCUUUUUGGCCAUCGCUGUAGACAAUCUCGCUGACGCCGAUCAGCUGACAGCCGUUGAGAAAGAUGAAGAGAACGACAAGUCCCACAGUGGUUCACCCGCUCGUGAUGAAUUGAGCGGUGAAGAGUGUGUUCACGAUGACGAAGACGUUGGUGAUAUCACCAGUGGGGAAGAGGAUCCCGGGACUGAUGUUGAGCAAUAUGAGAACGAUGGGGACGAUUACGAGGGACAAGACACUGAGGGCUCCAAAGAUGGACACGAGGAUGGUGGGCAUAAAGUCAGAAUUAAUGUUGAAUCUGAUGACGAUGGUUACGAACAUUUUGCACCAGAUGAAGGGGAAGACGAUUACGAUCACAUGGAGAUGGAUGAGAUUGAGGGGGGACCGGAAGUCGUUUCGGCGAGGCCCAGAAGAAUGUCUGAGUACAAUAUGGCCACUGAGAAGCCGCCCAUACCCGAGGGCUCGUCCUUCUUCUUAUUCUCGAAGACCAAUAGAUUUCGAGUUUUCUGUCAUUGGUUCUGUAAUCACAGUUACUUUGGCAAUUUUAUUCUUGCCUGUAUUAUGAUUUCUUCGGCUAUGUUGGCUGCUGAGGAUCCUCUCAAUGCCACCUCUGAACGGAAUGUUAUAUUGAAUCAUUUCGAUUAUUUCUUCACAACCGUAUUCACCAUCGAAAUUUGUUUAAAAAUGGUAUCAUACGGCUUUGCACUGCACGACGGUGCAUUCUGUCGUUCGGCCUUCAACCUGCUGGAUCUCCUAGUAGUCUGUGUCUCCCUGAUAUCCAUAGCAUGGAGAUCCAGUGCAAUUUCCUUCGUUAAAAUUCUACGUGUGCUGCGCGUUCUCAGACCACUGCGUGCCAUCAACCGAGCCAAAGGCCUUAAGCACGUAGUCCAAUGCGUCAUCGUAGCAGUAAAGACUAUCGGAAACAUAGUCCUCGUCACCAGCCUCCUGCAGUUCGUCUUCGCCGUUAUCGGCGUCCAACUCUUCAAGGGGAAAUUCUUCUCGUGUAAUGACGAAUCUAAGAUAACGGAAGCUGAAUGCCAUGGCACGUAUUUGGUUUAUGAAGAGGGAAAUAUCAACAGACCAGUCAUGAAAGAGAGAUUGUGGACGCGAAAUCGUUUUCAUUUUGAUGAUGUGGCUAAAGCCAUGUUGACGUUAUUCACAGUAUCAACGUUUGAGGGGUGGCCAUCACUCUUAUACGUCUCAAUCGACUCAAAUCGUGAAAACUACGGACCAAUCCAUAACUUUCGCCCAAUAGUAGCAGCCUACUACAUAAUAUACAUAAUCAUCAUAGCAUUCUUCAUGGUAAACAUAUUCGUGGGUUUCGUCAUUGUGACAUUUCAAAACGAGGGUGAACAAGAGUACAAAAAUUGUGGAUUGGAGAAGAACGAGCGUAACUGCAUCGAGUUUGCACUGAAAGCCAAACCGGUACGUCGAUACAUACCGAAACACCGAAUUCAAUACAAGGUCUGGUGGUUUGUGACGUCCCAGCCAUUUGAGUACACCAUUUUUACUCUCAUCAUCAUCAAUACCAUAACACUUGCCAUGAAAUUCUACAAUCAGCCGGAUCCGUAUACACAUGCUCUCGACGUACUCAAUAUGAUCUUCACUGCGGUUUUUGCGCUUGAGUUUGUCUUCAAACUCGCGGCAUUUCGGUUCAAAAAUUACUUCGGAGACGCCUGGAACGUUUUCGAUUUCAUCAUAGUGCUGGGAAGCUUCAUCGACAUUGUAUACUCCGAAGUGAAUGCACGACUGCAUGUGAAGAUGGGAGGUAGCCUCCCCAGCACCCCGGGCUCGAACAUCAUUUCCAUCAAUUUCUUCCGGCUGUUUCGAGUCAUGAGACUCGUCAAACUCCUCAGUCGAGGCGAGGGCAUACGAACGUUGCUCUGGACAUUCAUCAAGUCCUUCCAGGCACUGCCAUACGUCGCUCUACUCAUCGUCAUGCUGUUUUUUAUUUAUGCGGUCAUUGGAAUGCAAGUGUUUGGGAAAAUUGCGUUAGACAAUGAAACUGCGAUCUACAGGAAUAAUAAUUUUCAGACGUUCCCGCAGGCUGUUUUGAUAUUGUUUAGAUCAGCUACAGGUGAAUCAUGGCAGAACAUAAUGCUGGACUGCUCCUACCGUCCUCGUGAAGUGAAAUGCGACGUAAAAUCGGACGACGCUAACAAGGAGAGUUGCGGCAACGACAUUGCCUUCCCCUACUUCAUAUCGUUCUACGUUCUCUGUUCAUUUCUCAUAAUAAAUUUAUUCGUCGCCGUAAUCAUGGACAAUUUCGAUUACUUGACCCGCGACUGGUCGAUCCUGGGGCCGCACCAUUUGGACGAAUUUAUUCGCCUGUGGUCUGAGUACGAUCCGGACGCCAAAGGGCGUAUAAAACACCUGGACGUUGUGACUCUAUUGCGAAAGAUAUCGCCACCCCUGGGUUUCGGUAAAUUGUGCCCGCACAGAGUGGCUUGCAAGCGACUAGUGUCCAUGAAUAUGCCGUUGAACAGUGAUGGAACAGUGUUAUUCAAUGCGACUUUAUUCGCGGUUGUGAGAACGUCGUUGGGAAUAAAGACAGAUGGAAAUAUUGACGACGCGAAUGCCCAACUCAGGGCGGUAAUCAAGAAAAUAUGGAAGAGGACUAGUCCAAAGUUACUUGAUCAGGUGGUGCCGCCACCGGGGGUGGACGAUGAAGUGACGGUGGGCAAGUUCUACGCGACUUUCUUGAUUCAGGAUUAUUUCCGGAGGUUCAAGAAGAGGAAGGAGCAGGAGAUGAAGGAGGGGGACAAGGAUUGCCAUAACACUGUCACUCUGCAGGCUGGACUCAGGACUCUUCACGAAGCUGGACCUGAAUUGAAACGGGCCAUCUCGGGAAAUCUUGAGGAACUGCUGGAUGACAAUCCUGAACCGAUGCAUAGGCGGAAUCACUCACUAUUCGGCAGUGUCUGGUCCAGUAUGCGUCGAGGUCACCACAGUUUCCGAGCGAAAUCCCUGAAAACUCCCGCCAACCCAGCCCCAAAAAUCUCGCCCUCGAACUCCAUAGACUUCCUCCCUUACGCCUCCCUCCACAGGCACGGUGCAGUCGACAACCAAAUCACCGCGAGAUCCCACCAAGUAGUGCCGAAUGUGACAGGGGUGACUGGCAGCACUCCCAUCAAUCAAAUGGGCGCCGAGGAGAACAUCCCAAUGCGCCCACUGGCAAUGUUCGCCAAUGCCAACUCGGGAAUGCAGCCGGCGAACUACCAGAAUCCCUACAAAGUGUUGGAUCUCGAGGAUGGAAUUGAGCAACAGUUGACACCACCAACCCCACCCCCAAGAAGGAAUCUACCAAGUGGUGCUGCCAUAACAUUUGCAACAGGCACCAGUGGUAACGCCGAAUCGAGUAGCGCAACAACAAGUCGCACACCCUCGCCAACCCUAAGUCCAUCGCCAUCAUUUGCCUCAUCGUCCAACGAAGGGGCGCACUAUUACGCUUAUGCGACACGUGGAUGCUGUCCCGAUACUCCCGGCUGGAAGCAACAGCAUGCCCCUGCCGGCGGAAAUGAAGAUAAUGCAAAUGACAUUGAUAAGGGAAUGUCGCCGAACGAGGGUAAUACAGGAGUUAUACAGCGUAAACGGAGUAAGCAGGGUUCGUCGAAAAGAUCGUCGAAACGAUCGUCGAAUCGGUCGAAGGGCUCGUCGAAGCGCUCUAGCAAGCACAGGGAGGGCUCGAGCGAGGGUAAAUACUCAUCGGUGAGAUCGCGAAAGUCUCACAAGAGUGAUGACGAUGAUGAUAAGGCCAAAGACUGCUCGCACGGUGAGAGGAGCAUUGCUAAUGGGCUUAAAUUGGCGCAGACACAGGCCAUCGCUGUUGCUGGCUUCUUCGCUGAUGUCGAUGCACGCCAGUGGCGGGUUUGCGAGUCCUGUCUGUCGCAUCGGGCCUCCUUCCACGGCAGAGUUUCGUGGGCCGGUGAGAGCAAUGGGGGCGUCGGCUCGGAGAGGUUGUCGCACAGCUUGCCGGGCAGUCCGUCCGAUAGGAAGCCCAACUUCGAGGUCAUUGGGAGUGCUGAGAGCUUGGUGGGACGGGUAUUAGCUGAACAAGGAUUAGGUAAAUACUGUGACCCAGAUUUCGUGCGUUACACAUCGCGUGAGAUGCAGGAGGCCCUUGACAUGACUCGAGAAGAGAUGGACCGUGCUGCGCAUCAGCUACUGCUGCGUGAGCGUCGAGGACAACCGUUGACCUUCCAGCUACAACAGAGUAUGGAUCAACACUGGAAUCCAAGACCCCAGGGCCCAAGAGAAGUGGCUUACGAGCAACUGCGGGAACAAAUGCCCUCAUUAGAGCAGCCACAAUUAUCCCUUCAGCCUCAGUCACAGCAGCAACAGCAGCAGCAGAUGUAUCGAGAACAGCCGCCUUCUUAGCGGCUAAGAAGUCUCCAGGUAAUGCUCGAACCACUCAUUAGCAACGAAUUCAUGUUACUCAUCGGUUUCAGUUCGAAAUUUGUAUUUUAAAAUUCGUCAGUCAUUGCGAAAGAAAUGGUGAAACGUGAGGAAUAGGAGAAUUCGUUUCAUCUUUUGUAUUUAUUUUUUUUAGCUCGUGGAAUAUAAAGAAUUGCAGGGUGGCUUCACUUUCAAUUUAUAUUACAUGAUUGCGAAUUUAGGAAUGUCACGAUCGAAUGAUAUGAUGGGAAAAAAAUAUGA